AUGCUUCUUUUCUAUACAUUAAUUUCAAUAAUUUCCCUUGGUGCAACAAAUGCAUAUCCAUUAAAUUUGUUACAAAACCCCGGCUUACGAUUGACAGCUAUUCAAUUACCAAUUCAAACUCAAUAUCAUGCUCAGGAUGAAUUAGGCCAAUACAGUUACGGAUACAAUUCACCAACAAGUGCUAAAAAUGAAAUUCGAACAGCGGAUGGAAUCACUCGUGGUGCUUAUGCAUAUUUGGAUCCAAAUGGAUUGGUACAAAAUGUUCAAUACAUAGCGGAUUCAUCGAACGGUUUCAGAGCAGCCGCAUCAAAUUUACCUCAACCACCAGUAGCUGAUUUAAAACCUCCAAUGCCUGUUCAAGACACGGCAGAAGUUGAACAAGCUCGUUUAGAACACUUAAAACGUAUUGAAGAGUCAAAUUUGGAACUAUUAUCAUCUCCAAAUCCUCCAACAACAUUACAACCUCCAUCUGCUGGAGCUGGUGCUGCAAGUGUUACGCUUUUACCACCCUCGUUGCGUUUAACACAAUUUCCCAUUUUAUAUCCAACAAUCGCUUACAAUUCACUAGUUUUACCAUCCGCCAGUACACAGUAUCAUGCUCAAACAGAACAAGGUCAAUAUAGGUAUGGAUUUACAAAUCAAAUUAGUUCCAAUGCGGAACCCAGAGGUCAGUUAGCAUACAUCGACCCUAAUGGAUUAAUUCAAUCUGUGAAGUAUAUUGUAAAUGAUAUAAAUGGAAUCAGAGCUUUAAGUGCUGAUCUACCAACAUCGUCAGAGGCUCAGCCACAACAAGGGCCUACUGACACACCUGAAGUUCAAGCUGCAAAGCAAUCAUUACAAUUGGCUCAAGAAGAAGCAAAACAAAGACUGAGUAAUAACGACCAGCAGUCUGAUUAA